AUGGGAUGCAAUGAGGACUACGAGCACGGCGUUAGAAGCAGUUCUAUGAUUCAUAAUGAAAACAAGACACAAUUGAGCAGUACAAGCGUAAAAAUUACUCAGGCUAAGAAAAUAAUUUCGACAAAUGGGAGUUCUAGUAAGGAGCAAUUUUUACAAGACUCCAAAACAAGAAGAGCCUUAACUGAUGUGCCUGUAAACAAUAAUCCUCUAAGCCAAAACAAGAAGAUAGCAACAAACAGCAAAGCCGCCAAAGUACGAAAAGAAGAAAACAGCAGACCUAUUGUUACCGCCAUUCAAAAAAGGCAGAUUUAUAAUGAUCAAAAUGCAGAAAAUGAUGAUGAUGAUGAUGAUGAUGAUGAUGAUGAUGAUAUUUCCGUAUCAAGCAAAAGACGCAAAGUUGAUUUUGAGGAAAAUGAUGGAAUAGUUGGCUGGAAGGAUUUAGACUAUGCUGAAAAAAACGAUUCUGCGAUGGUAGCAGAAUAUUCUUCAGAAAUUUUCGAAUUUUUGUAUGAAAGAGAGUUAGAAACGCUACCAUCUCACAAUUAUUUGCUUGACAAAACCUCGAAGUAUUAUUUAAGGCCUUCUAUGAGAGCAAUAUUAGUAGACUGGCUAGUAGAAGUGCACGAAAAAUUCCAGUGCUAUCCUGAAACAUUAUUUCUGUCCAUAAACGUAAUGGAUAGAUUCCUAGCCAAAAAUAAGGUCACCAUGAACAAAUUACAACUAUUAGCAGUAACCUCGCUUUUUAUAGCGGCAAAAUUUGAAGAAGUAAACUUGCCCAAGUUAGCAGAAUAUGCUUACAUCACCGAUGGUGCAGCUUCCAAAAAUGACAUAAAAAGUGCGGAAAUGUUCAUGCUCACGUCUUUGCAAUUCAAUGUUGGUUGGCCCAACCCACUCAAUUUUCUGAGAAGGAUCUCCAAGGCAGAUGAUUAUAAUCUGGCUGAUAGAAACAUCGGUAAGUUUAUCUUAGAGUAUGCCUACUGUUGUCAUCAAUUCAUUCAUUUGCCACCAUCUAUCAUAAGUGCGAUGGCUAUGUAUGUGGCGAGAAGAGUGACCAAUAAAAACAAGCAUGAACUAUGGAACAAAACUCUCGAGCAUUACAGUGGCGGAAUUGACCCGAUACAAGAUGAAACAUUUCAAUCCUACUGUAUCGAUCUAGUAACAGACAUUGCUGUUUCUAAAGUUCGUUUGGAUUCCUUGACUUUGAAGUACAGGAAGCCGAGAUUUGGUUCGGUUUAUCUCCAAACUUUCAACUGGUGCAAAUCUGAAGUGAGCAACAACUUUCAGAAUUUAUUCCAUUUACAACGACAACAGCGCUGA